UGGCUACUAGAGAGCAUAGUACAGUGGUAGUGGCAAAGAAAAGAAAAAACGAAAUCAACUAUUGACAGCGGGAAUAACAUAUUAACAUCAGCAGGCCUCGCUUUGAGAAAUCAGACGGCGGAGAGAAUGGGUUUAUCACUCUUACGGUGGGUUCUGCCGCUGACUCUGUUGCUCACCUGCGCGCUAGGUUUCCAAUCGGACGAGCUUCUCCUCGACGACGAAGAGUUCGGCAUCGAAGGAGGACGAACCUCCUUCGAUUCCGAUUCGCAUCCACCUUCCACCGCCUCCACCUCGAGGAAGAGGCUUUCCGACUCCUCCUCCGAUUCCAAGAUCCAGUUCCCUCUCCAACACGCUUUCGGCGACUCCGAUUUCUCCGACGCCGGCAACUUCUCCGCUCGCCUCAAGACUUGGAACCACGGCGCCCAGACGCUGACGAAGCUGCGGUUUAAGCGUGAUCUUUUGACUGACGUUGAGCAGAGGAAAUUUAAAGAGCUGUUGCGAGAAGAUGAUUUCUAUAGGAUUAGACUGCCGUCCAAUGUUUUGAGUCCUCCCGGCCGGGAAUAUAUUAUUUCUUCAGUGAAAGCACGAUGUCUUCCAGGGGAUGGAUUGGAGGAGCAUUUUGUAAUACAAAUGGAAGGUGUUAACAUCUUGGCUGUCAGUUAUGGUGCCCCAGGGGCUUGCCCUUAUCCCCGACAACUGAAGCUUCCUGGAAAGUGGUCUUUCAAGUCACACACAGUUCUAAAAAGCAGUGAACAGGCACCAAGAGCUCCAAUAUUUACUGAAGAGGCGCUUGGCGGGCUGGAGGGAGACGGUGAGGCUGUACAGCCAAUAGAAAGGUCCUUUUGGGCCAAAUACUGGAUGUACCUGAUCCCGCUUGGACUCAUAGUAAUGAAUGCUGUUACUCAAGCUAUGAAUAUGCCCGAGGAACAAGCUGGCGGACAACCUGGUGCUCCGGCACAGCAGCAACCAGGAUCUGCAGUACAGCGUGGACCAAGUUCUGGUGGUGUGCGUAGAAGAUGAUAAGUUAGCUUCCUCUACCGCAGAAGGCAUUAUUUGAGGGCGUUGGUAAUCAAUGAAAUCUUAGGUUGACCUUUUAGUAGCAGUAUUUGAUAAUUUUAAUUUCAUAUUAAUAGCUCUGUGCCCAAAUGAAAAGAAAUUUUAAACUGAAUUGCUUGUAAACUUUGAAACAGCGAUAAGUUUUCCGGUUAGAUUGAUUAAUGUUAUUAAUGUUAUAUAUUGAAAUUUUGACACGAAUAUUAUUUUGGUUUCCUCUGA